GUCAAGAAAGUGGACGUCAUCUUGUAUGAAAAUUCUUUAUUUGAUUAGUUUUGCCAAUUAAACUCGUCUAGUAAUUUGAUAAGGGUUUGGCUCUAUAUUGUGACCAAAUUUUAUAUGAUGUGCAUCUAAAAAUUUAUUAGAAUAAUUAAAAGUGAAGUGACGGUGACGCUGUCCAUUACUGUGUCGGUGAUGUAAUUUAGGUGAUUGGGCGGCUUCCUAGUUGUAGACACUACCAUGGAAGAAUCCUCGUUCACUAUUCCAGCUGACGACAAUGGUGAUACUGAGCUCGACCCUAGAAUUCAGGUGGAGUUGGAGAAAUUGAACGCGGCCACAGACGAAAUAAAUAAGUUGGAAUUGGAGCUUGAUGAGUCCAUGAAGACAUUUCACCUAUUGUUGAAUGAGACGUCACGUAGACUUCAGGCCUUAACGAAACGUCUGGGGACGUGUGUUGAUAAAUCUCGUCCGUAUCACGACGCGGUGACAGCGGCUUCGACGGCAAGAUCGGAAUGCCAGCGCGCCGCCGUGCAGUUCCAGAGAGCUAGCGAGCUACACGCAGCGGCAAAAGAGACGGUGACAUUAGCGGAGCAGCGUUUCGUAAGCAAGCAAGAUGAGUGGCAAUUCGACAGUAACUGGCAGGAAGUCCUCAACCAUGCUAUCAUUAAGGUUAUGGAUGCUGAAAAACGAAAAGCGGAAAGCGGGCGCGAGCAUCAGAAAAAAGCGGCCGCUUACAUUAUUGCUGAGCAAAAGGUAACGCAAUUGGAAGAAAAUCUUAAACGGAAUAUUAUAAAAUCAAGAGUUUAUUUCGAAGAGAAAAAAUUAUGUGACGAGCAAUUACAAGCACAAAAUGAGAAGAUAGAGAAGUUACAGCGGCUCAUCGCUGACGCUAAAUUUAGAUAUUCGAAAUCUCUUAAAGCUCUCGAGGAAAUAUCCGAAGAAAUACAUAGACGGAGAGGCGAAUACCCUCCAGGCAAAGACACUAUACCAGUAGGACCUCGAGAACCAGGUGUUGGAGCUGAAAGAGACCCAGUACAUGAUGAGACACAAGUAGAAGGUAUAGAAAAGGAUGAAGAAUCAAGCCUCCAAGAACUCAGAAUGCGAGUCAGGGAACUAGCUCUCAAACCCAUAGAUAAAGGAGACGCGGAGACAGAUGAAGCCUGGGCGCAGGAACUGAACGAAACUAUCAAUAAACUAGAUCAGUUGCUGAUGAUGAAGGAAACGAAUCAGCAGAAAAAAUCCAAAUUCACUGCGAGCACACCAAGGAAUGCCAGCGCUCCCUCGACUAGCACUAACACGGCACACAAAAAUCACCCACCAAGCGAUACUUGGAAAACAGAAUCAAAUUUAUCGCGAACUAAAUCGAAAAGUCGAGAAAUUAUUCAUGAAAAUUCUAAACCAAUAAGUAAGACAGAGAAGUGUAAAAGCAUGAUGUCAUUGGAUGUUCUCGCUCUAGCUAGGGACACUACUAUGAUGGAUCGCGAGUCGUACUUGAAAGCUGUUAUUGAAGAUAAAUCGCCAACUGGGACGUAUACGGAGAGUAACUCCGAUAGGAAUGAGAGUCCCGAUGAUAUUCUGAUGGUAGAAUGUGACUCGAGCGACUCCAAUCAGAAUCCAGUUAUAAGAAUGACCAGUUCCACAAUAACGGACAGUGACAACAGUUAAAUUUAAACGAGUUUGAAUGAAAAUGUCGAAUUUAUUUCAAAGAAUCUGCACUAAAAAUUUGUUCUAUAAUAUGUUAUGAGAUUUUUGUAAUCAGGUCAAUUUGAAUGUUAGAUUUGAUAUAAAUGACAAAAGUAAGAAAAAAAAUAUUAAAAUUCAAUACUAUAUUGUAUAUUGUUAGAUGUGGUUGUGUAAAUUUUUACAUUUUAGUUGUAUUGCACUAUAAAUCAUCGCACUUUUUGUCUAAGCUAUAAUAGAUUUUUUUCAGGCACGAUUGUAUGGUUAUAAAUUUGAAAAUGAUAUCAAACGCUACGUAACACCAGAUCUGGAUCUUCUUUAAUUAUUUGUUCCAAAAUACUUAACAUAACAAAUCAAACCCUAAAGAUAGGUCUUUUUUUUUUAAAAAAAAAACUCAGCGAUGUCUUUAAAAAAUAAUGCUUUUUUUUAUAUAUUUUUCUUGCGUGAAAUUUCUCCAGAAUAGUUGCGUCUAUUUUUUUAAAUGUAACCUGUAACAGAUUAUAUAUAGGUUAACAAAAAUAAAAAAAUUGUUUACGUGAUUUUGGGAGCCAUUCAGGCACCAUAGUUAAUAUAAAGGUGUAAUACGACAUUGUUUUCAAAAACCAAAAUAUUCAAUUCUGGUGCUGGUACUAAUGAUAUACCAAAUUUAUAAUACAUAUCUAGAAAUCAUCGCUCUACAGUGAAAAUAUAGCGCACGAAUUCUUUUUUUUUUUUUAAUUUUUUCCCUUUCUUAGAUAAAAAAUAUCGUAACAAUAACGAAAGAGCACAUCUCUGGGAUGCGUUUAAUUCCAUAUCUUUAUGAUUAAAAAAAUCUUUGAAACCGUCUUCUGUGAUAUUUUUUAAAUAAAUUUAAAUGUGUAUUUUAUUCGUCAUAUACUUUUUCAACAGAUUUUGUAUCCAUUAAAAUUAUAUUUUAUGCAAUCGUGAGUUUUCACUGCAGAGCGUUGAAAUGUGGAUUACAGUUAAAUAUUACGCAGACAAAAUUCGCACAUUUAGCAAAGUUAGCAAAAAUAACUUUGAAGAAAUACUCUCCAAUAUUUUUAACUCCACUCUAUGAAUCUUUAAUUAAAUUUAAUAUAAAGUAACUAAACUUAGUAUGUACUAUUUUGCAAUGAUUUUAUUUCUAGAUACAUAGUAUCACUCGGAUAAUAUUUAUGCAUACAAUGAGAGACGAGUAUUCUGUGAGGUGGUUUACAAAUAUAUACUUGUCUCUUUCUGGUGAUUGCUUUGAAGUUUGUUCUGAGAAUAUAAUGUCUAGAAAUAAAGUAUAUUUGCUAUUAUGUUAUGGCUUAAGUCGUAACAGUCCACCGAGUGCACUCUAUGAUAAUUAUUUAAUUAGUAAGGCUCUGGAAGGAAAGCACUAAAAAUUAUCUGUGCUGGAAUUAUGAUUUAUUUGUCUUUAACAAACUAUUGGACGAAACUUUUGGUAGAAACGGGAAGUUAACCACAUUAUUGAAUUAUAGUAGAAGUGAGUUUUUAAUACUUUUAAAAUUUGUAACUGUAAAUAUAAAAUGCAUCAAAAACCCGAAACUGAAUAUGCUGCACAACAAAUUAGCAUAUACGCAAUAACCAUCCGCAAUAAUAAAUAAUCUGUCCCACUAUUCAAUUGAUAUUCCACCCGAAUCUUUGAUAGAAGAACAUAACACUAUUAAAAAUUAUUGCUAUCUCUUUCUAACGUAUAGGGUUAAGAAAGAAAGCAACUAUUCGGUAGUUCAGCUUAAGGAUGGCUUAUAACAAUCGGAUAUACGGCCAGAAUUUCUAACUUGUCAAUUAGAAACAUAAGCAAAUUACCAUUGGCCGAUUUGGAUUUUUUUUUAUAAUGUGCUAUUUAUUUUCGUUACAUGUGUAAUAUUGCAAUAAUGUGGUUUGAUUUCUGUUUAUAAAUCAACGUGCAAUUACAAUUUAUAUAUAUUUUUAAUAGAAAAAUAUUAAUUGUCACUGUGAUUACAUGUAUUAAAUUGACAAUUAGUAUCUAAAUAAAUUAUCGAGGUAUGAUAUAUCUUCUGAACUUAUUAUAUAAAAACAAAUUUUAAACUCGAUGGUGAAUUCGAAAUAUCAUUAAUAGCCUCGAUUAUAACAAUUGUUAAUUAGCGGAUGUUUUUUUAAACAUAUUUCACUCUUUCUGUCAUCAAUGAUUUGACAUUCGACAGAAAAAGAUACAGUAUUGUUCAACGAAUCAUCGUCUAAAAAACAUAAGUAAAGUAAAUAUUUAUCAUGUUGAUAAGGCAAAUAGAUCUUUAUAAUGACAAUUAUAGUGUUGCCUGUAGCAUAUCAACAUGUUAUGAUAUUUAAAGAUGACAUCGUUCGAAUUCACGCAGAAUUGAGAAAUUGAGGGAAUUUAUUUAAAUUGUGCCUUCGUUUAAUUUCUAAGUCCGAAACGAACACGUUAUGCGGAAGACUGUAAAAUGGUUGGUACUUAGAUAGAGUUAGCAUUUAUUUUCUAUACUAGAUGUAGUUAUAAAAUUAAUUAAUAAUAUUUCGCGCUGAAUGUAUUGUUUCUAGGUUGUCUGAUUAAAUGACUAAUUUAACAAUUUUACUAUAAAUGGGUACUGAUAUAAAAUGUGAUCUUCUACAAAUAUUAUUGUUAAAAUUAAACUAUAAACAUUAUUAAACAACUAACAAUUAUAAAAAAUAAGACAUUGCAGAUGGUUUUUCAUUAACUAUAAGCAUUUAACUUGUUAAUUAUCAAACAGCAAUAUUUUUCAAGGUGUAUAUCCCAAAUAUAUUGUGCGGUUUAAUUUUGACAAUUAUAUUAUUAUAUAUAUAUAACUUUGUUAAUGUUAUGCAUUGCAUAAUAAACAAAAUUCAAAAUGAAAAUAGAAUAAAUACAGCCAAAAAUAUUUGGUAGAAUAAAAAAAAUAUUAUCAAAAUAUGCCUAUCAUGUUCGAUCUUAAAAUAUAUAUGCAACGGCUACACGUUUAGUACCAUUUUAUUGUAAUGCACUUUUGUAAAACCAGUUUACGCAGUUAAGCCGUGUCAGUAGACGAUAAUGUAAGUGAUCACCGCUUAUAGACAUUGGUGAUGUAAGAAAUAAUAACCAAUCCUUACAUAGCCAAUUUACCAACCUUGGGAACUAAGAUAUUAUGUCCCUUGUGCCUGUAAUUACACUGGCUCACUCACCUUUUAAACCGGAACACAACAAUACCAAGUACUGCUGUUUUGCGGUUGAAUAUCUGAUGAAUGGGUGGUACCUACGAGACGUGCUUGCACAAAGCCCUACCACCAAUUACUCGAUUACAAAUAUCUAUGAGAAAUAGUUUGCUGAAUAUCUUCUUCCUAGUAUAAAAUAAAAUUGAGUAGAUUGGGGACUAAUAUGUUAUGUCCCUUUACCUGUAGUCACAACCCUUAAAAUUUUUAUUUGACUCUGUAAAUGAAACAUGUGUGGAUUAAAUUUUGUACACAUCUUUGAUACUGGUAAUAAUAAAAUUUAGUAUACAUAUUCACAUUUUAUUAAUUUAAUACAUUGUAUUCAAAAAUAUCUUUCUUAUAUUUUUUUAACUUGAUAACUUAUUUGCUUAACUGCGUAAAUUAGGCUAGGCAAGUUAAUCGUUGGUAGCCGGACCACGUAUAUGUAGCACAAAAUUUCUGUUUGUACUAAAAUUUCUACACGUCAAUAAAUGUUUUUGAAUCAUU